CGUGCGCGUGAUGCGGCGGCGGCCGACGUCCAUUUUUGUUUUUUCUGGCGCCUUUUUCAUCUCACAACACAACACAACAGUUGAAGGAGUUGCCUGCGAGCGAGACGCGGCGCUGAACCAAGACAAACAUUGCAAAAAAACAAAAAAAAAAAAAAACACAGAUUGUUUCAUAAACAUGUACGUGAGCUAUUUUUUUUUUAGUGAGGCAGAUAUAUUUACGACUGCGGCAAGUGUCACUUCAGGCUACGACGGUUCUUCAUCCAUAGAAACAAGAUAAUGAAAACCGUAGUGACAAGGUGGCAGUGGAAUGCAUCUAAAUAUGAUCCUUUUCACCAUCGAAAGUUCAGCAAUAAUCUCAAAUUGUCCUGAGAGAUGGUGGUGUCCAGGAACCUGAAUGACUCCACUGCUGCCACAGUGCUGUUUAUGAUGGUGAGAGGAGGGGAGUGCUGGGCUGUUCCUUCUGAAGUCCACUAUCAUCCUCACUGUUUUGUACAUGUUCAGCUCAAGGUUGUUAUGACUGUAUAAGACAGCCAGCUGCUCAGCUUCUUGUCUGUAAGCAGACUCGUCACCAUCCUGGAUGAGGCCAAUGACUGUAGUGUUGUCUGCAAACGUCAGAAGCUUGACAGAGGGGUCUUUUGAAGUGCAGUCAUUUUUGUACAGUGAGAAGAGCAGUGGAGAGAGGACGCAACCCUGAGGAACACCGGUACUGAUAAUGAGAGUCCUGGAUGUGAGUUUUCCCAGUCUUGCUAGCUGUUAGAAAGCUGGUGAUCCACGGACAGAUUGGGGGGUUAGUUUGGAUGAUAGAAGAUCAGGCAUGAUGGUAUUGAAAGCCGAACUGAAUUCCACAAAAUAAGAUCCUUGCAUGUCCCAGGUCUGUCGAGAUUGUUGCAGGAUGUAGUGCAGUCCAAUGUUGACUGCAUCAUCCACAGACCUGUUUGCUCUGUAGGCAAACUGCAGGGGAUCCAGCAGGGGUCCACUGAUGUUCUUCAGUCCCUUUCACGGCUCUGACACAAGAACCCUCUACAGACGAGUGUCAAGGACAAUCCAGCUGUCAAGUAUUUAAGGCUCUACACAAAGGCUCUGAUUCCAGGCUCAAAGCUGGAGAUAAUACGUUUGGAAGCAGAUUAAAGAGGGGUUAACAGCGAGUGAUUAGCUGCUUUAUCUGCACUGGGCGGCAGAUUAACUGCCAUCGCUAACGCAGAACCACACUACAGGGUGAAAAGGAUGAUCCGAAUUAGCCAGGUUUUGGUGCUGGAAAUGAGAUUAAGUGAAUUGUGUGUCUUGCACUGUACAAAUGUAGUUUUGCGUGUGUUGAAUCUGUUUGUCAUGUAUGUGUGUGCCUGCACAAGAGCCUGUGUGUUUGGUAGAUGACAACAAACCUCAAAUCCUUCCAUUAGGACCAUUUGGGAGGAGCAAAAUGCUAUCUUCUGGAUCCCUAUAAAAGAGGGAUCACUUGGCAAUAAUUUGAGGGAGCCUUCAUCUGGUGAUCAACGAAGAGAGAAUUUACAUCUCUUUUUGACUCUUUUUGCGAUGCUGCAGUAAUCUACAAAAGGAAAUAACACUUUAAACUUUAAGGUGUUACAGCAUUCUCUGUAAACUGGUUGCCAGUUUCAAGCAAGAUGAAGGGAAUACCCGAGUUUCAGGAAGACUUCUACAUCCCCAUCCCUUUAGAUACCAACAACAUCUCAGCUUACAGCCCUUUCCUGGUCCCCCAGGACCACCUGGGUCACCAUGGCGUGUACAUGGCAAUGGCUGCCUUCACAUUCUUCCUUUUUGUCGGAGGGACUUCAAUCAACGCCCUUACCAUUGUUUGCACAAUUCAAUUCAAGAAACUCAGAUCUCACCUUAACUAUAUUCUUGUGAACCUUGCCGUUGCCAACCUGUGGGUAUCCCUUUUUGGUUCCUCGAUAGCAUGCUAUUCCUUCUGGAAUAGGUACUUUAUUCUUGGGCCGACAGCAUGUAAAAUUGAGGGCUUCAAUUCAACACUUGGAGGAAUGGUGAGUUUGUGGUCUCUUGCUGUGGUGGCUGUUGAAAGGUGGCUGGUCAUUUGCAAACCCCUUGGGAACUUUACUUUCAAGACCCAUCAUGCCAUACUUGGCUGCAUAUUUCCUUGGAUUUUUGCAUUGGCAGCUUCACUCCCUCCACUGUUUGGCUGGAGCCGGUACAUACCUGAAGGUUUGCAGUGCUCUUGUGGACCUGACUGGUAUACGAUUAACAACAAAUACAACAACGAAUCCUAUGUCAUGUUUUUGUUCUGCUUCUGCUUUGCGGUUCCUUUCGGCGCCAUUGUGUUCUGUUAUGGUCAGCUGCUCAUCACACUCAAAUUAGCAGCCAAAGCUCAAGCAGAUUCAGCUUCGACUCAGAAGGCAGAGAGGGAGGUGACAAAGAUGGUGGUGGUGAUGGUGUUCGGAUUCUUGGUGUGCUGGGGACCAUAUGCUACCUUUUCUCUGUGGAUGGUUUCCCACCGUGGUGAAGCAUUUGACCUGAGAAUGGCAACCAUACCAUCCUGCCUUAGUAAAGGCUCUGCAGUGUACAAUCCGGUCAUCUAUGUCCUAAUGAACAAACAGGUAUAG